UCAAUCUUGGAUUGUCGUGGCUUUUAGCAGUCUAGCAGGAAGGCCGGUAAAUCAGUCAGGCUUUAGCUAAACCUGUUUCUCGCGAUGGCCGGCGGCUGGUCCUCCCUCCCCGCCGAUCUUCUUGCACAGAUCUCGGCUCUCUUGCUCUCCGACGCCGACCAUCUCCACGUCCACCAGGUAUGCGCCCACUGGCGAGCCUCCACUUCCCGCCCGGCCGCCUACCGCCCGUGGGUCGUUGCCGGCCGCCAGGUGCCCGACGGACGAGGCCCGCUCGGCGAGUACUCCCUUCUGCUCCCCCGCGGUGGCCGGCGCGUCGACUUCGCGGCCUCCCCGCCGCCCGGCCUCCGGUACUGCUGCGGCACGCCUCGCGGCUGGCUCGCGCUAGUGGACGAUCUCCGGUCCCCCACGCGGCUGGUGCUGUGGGAGCCGCACUCCGGGGCCGAGAUCCCGCUGCCAUGCCUGUGCCCGGUCAUCCAGGUCUUCCUCUCCGGCGACCCGCUCUCGUCGCCGGACUGGGUAGCCAUCGCGACCCAGCCCAAGGGUCCCAUCGCGCACAUCCUCUUCUUCUGGCGGCCGGGGGACGCCGCGUGGAGCGGGCCGGGCCGGGCUCCCGCCGCGACGGUUCACAGCAUCGAGUUCUACGCGGGGAAGGUAUACUGCGUGGACAGCAGGGAGAACAUUACCAUCUACGACCUCAAGCUCGGCACGACGUCUCCCCCAGUGUUUCUUCAGGCCACGGGCAUGUUCAUUACUCAGGCGUACAGGGAGCCGGGGGCGAACAGGAGGCUCAACUGUCUGACCCACUCCGUGCGCGCGGUGCACGUCGUGGCCUGCGGCGGCGAGCUCCUGCUCGUGCUGCUGUUCGACAGCCGCCGCGGGAUGUUCAUGGAGGUGUACAGGCCGGCGUGGACGCCCCUAUGGCCGUGCCGGGUCGGCGAGAGGGUGACUGAUCUCGGGGGCUACGCGCUCUUCCUCGGCCGUGGCGACGUCGCUGCGCUCUCUUCCAAGGAGUACCCUGCGAUCAAAGGCAACUGCAUCUACUACCUGAAGCACAGCCUCAACGCGCACAGCCUCAACGCGCAUAGGGACGCACUCAUGAAGCACUUGGCCAUUGUCGAAAAAAUGAAGCACUGGGCAAUGGUGUUUGAUCUUGGGACGGAUGCUAUGGAGCAUAUCCCUUACCCCGAGGUGCUGCACAAGGAGGAGAGGUGGUGGCCGUACUCGUGGUUUUGUCCUCCAAGGCCUCUCCUGGAGAGAAGCAGUUUUAGCUGAACCUAGUCUUGGAUGGCAGGAGCAGGGACUUUGAAUCCCUCUUCAGGAUAAGCUGCUUGCAGUAUGGAAGACAAUAAAUUUUACUUGUACAUAGUAUAACUUAUGUCAAUCUUCUGUUUCGGCAAAUUUUACUUGUGUGGGCAAAACUUUGCCUGUGCUUGUAGCAUUGUGUUACUAUGUUGAUUUGCUCGAGUAUUCUCUAAGUGGUA